UGCUGAGGUCCCUGUCCAGGAGGCCCCGCGCCCACGCAGCCUCGCCCGAGUCAUCCCGUACCUCUGCUUCCCCUGGCUACCUACCUCGCUAGUUUCCUGCCUGAGGUGGCCCCUGCUUCCCCGACGGUUGUGUCUGUGGUGGCGGCCGUGGAGGUGACCACUCUGGUGGCCUUCCAUCCCCACCCACCAUGGACUGCGGCCUACUCCAGGCAGAUCAGGUCUGCCUCGACACCGGUGACCGCCUCUCGUCGCAGCGCUCGACUUACAUGGCGAGACCGGUGGACAGUUCGGCACCGUCCAUCCCCGAGCGGGCGGAGAUCCAAGAGGCCGUCCAGAACCUCGAGACAGGUGCAAUAUCAAAGGAAGCAAAUAAUAUCUUAGCGCAUGAAGAAACAAAGUCGAAGAAACAAGUGUUGUCAAAACAAGUUUCAAGUGAAGCUGAUGCUCCCAGUUUUUACCUUUGGUGUUUCGUUGUGCCACACCCAUUUGGAGGAGAGACGGGGACAUAUGGGUACAUCACCAGAAGCUACAUCAAAUUUACUUUCCAAUGCAAAAAAACUUCACAUCAUUUAGAGUUGUGAGUCAAAAGUUCUAGUCAUUCUCGUGGAA